AUGAAUAGACCAACGCCACUGCCCGGACGGCCUCGAGGCGACUAUGGCCGCGAGCAAGCAGAGAGGGACAGGCAGCUCAACGAAGAGGCUACGCGGUCGCAGGACGACAACCGGGAAAAGUUUGAUAUCAUGCUGCACGACAACUCUGUCGAUGGGUUGGGAACAGGGAGGGAUGUUGUUUGUGGAGGAGGAGCCGCACCGGAUCCGGCCGACCAGGAGACAUGGCACUGGAAUCUAUCGGUCAACGAUCCUACUCAGCGGGACGAAUAUGCUCUGGACUCUCUGCGAGUGAUGACUGGCCACAGUUUGUGUGUCGUCUGCAAAGAUACUCUCAACUACUACUGCCACUACAUUGACGAGCGCAACAACCUGACGACUCAGUGGGACUCGGACGUGGCGUUCCCUAUGAAAAAUAGCGUCCUCCACCACGGAUCCCUUUGGCCGCUACAUGUCUUUGCAAAUAUAGUCGAGCCGUACUGUAUCAUCUGCGCGGAUAUUUGGGACAAGAUUGACGCGACCUAUCCGAACCUGAUAAAGGACUUCUAUUUCAACUACCAGAUCGAGUGCUGUUGGCCUCGAAGGCCGAGUCGGACGGAGGAGCACAAGAUGUGGUUCUUGAUGGUCAACCCAUCCAAGGAGAAGGACCCCUUGUGGAAUUGGCAGCCCGUUCUGAGGUUAAGUCUCUGGCCAAAGGCACAAUUCGGUCAUCAUUUCGAGCAUCAGCAACAUAACAUUCAGACACGUGGCCCCUGGGAUGUCUGCGCUGACGAUAACACCAACGAUGCCAUGUCCACUCGAAGCCUUGCUCUGGACUGGCUAGCACGCUGCCAGGAGAAUGCCAACGGACAGCAUACUCUCUGCAAUGCGCAAGGUGAGUUUGUCCCAACUCGGCUGCUGGAUGUGCGAAAAGCCCUACAGACCGGAAGGGUGUGCCUUACCUUGACAGAGGCCUUGGACUCAUGCGAGUACGUCACUUUGAGUCAUUGCUGGGGCUCAUGGGGCGCAGAGCACAACCCAGUGUUGUUGACCAACAACUUGACAGCUAGACAGACCGAUGGAUUGGCCUGGGAUGCACUUCCGCAAACGUUUCAAGAUGCCUUUAAAGUUGCUUCCUGGUUUGGCUGGGACUGGCUGUGGAUAGACUCACUCUGCAUUAUCCAGGAUUCUGAAGAAGACUGGAAAAGACAGGCAACAAUGAUGGACAAAGUCUAUCAAAAUUCACAAAUAAACAUCUCAGCCGAUAGUCGUGCCGGUUGCUUCUCCCCUCGUGAUGAGGAUGAUAUAAAACCACUAGAGCUCUCGUCCGGGGAGGAUGGUCCAUGGCAAGUUACCACAGACAACUCAUUCGCUUGGAUGAAGUCUGCAACCUCGCUAUCCAGGGCAUGGAUCCACCGGGAGAGACAGUUGUCGAGAAGAAUCCUCCACUUCACCGACCAGGAGCUCGUGUGGGAGUGCUGCGGACUGGGUAACACCGGCUUUGCUAGCGAGACAAUGCCUGGAGGCGCCCCGUUCGAGCGAGUAUUUGGGGGUGACGUCAAGUUUCAGAUCAAGUUGAGCGAAGCUGGCGGUAGUGGGGAUAAGGACCGGCUUGAUCGAAUAUAUCAACUGUGGAACUCAACCUGCGAGGGUCUGUCAAAAAAGUCGGUUACUUUUGCAACAGAUUUACCCAUCAUCUUGUCCAGCCUAGCCAAGGAGGUUCACCGUAUGAUUCCCGACGACGAAUACGUCUGCGGGCUAUGGAAAUCGACCCUUCCAGAGAGUCUCAAUUGGUGGACACCUCAUAGCAGACCAGACGACCUGGUUUUCGUGGCGCCGUCGUGGUCGUGGCUGAACGUCGCGGUGCCCGUGCACAUGGCCACGCACAACCAGGCCCAGCACAACCUACCAGUGGCGGAGGUCCUCGAUGCUGUUGUCGACCUCGACUCCGACCCGUAUGGAGCAGUGACCAAAGGCGACCUACACAUGAGAGGGUACCUGAGGCGGGUACAUUUCUACUUUAUCGAACGUUCUCGUUUCGUACUCAGUGUGAUUGAAGAAGAGAAUGGCGAGGAUCGCAUACGCCUCAUUGGUCCGGACUGGAAUCAAGAAGAUGGACAAGUAUGCCAGCUCACGAUUGACGGUCUCAUCCGACUGGAGAAUCAAGAACACGAAUGCUACGCCUUCUUCACCACCAUUGCAGAGCGGGGCCAGGAUCUGCAGUCUUGUACUAGAAAUCUGUCGUGUCUCCUACUGGAUGCCGUAGAUGGUAGAGACAACACAUACAGCAGAUUUGGGUCAAUCAAUAACCUAUGUGACGAGUUCAGCUUCAGCCUGCGGUACAUGGUGAUUGGCGGGGCCGAAUUGGGCGUUUCACGACAGUCGUACGUUCCCAUCGACUACCGGGGACCGGAUGCUGUGGAGCAACCAGUCACGGAGCAGACCAUCCCUAGUAUCUGGGACCUCAUGGCACGGUUCAUCAGGAGGCACCGGUGGGGUUUGAUGCUGUGGAAGAAGAUAUUGGAGGAUGAAGCGAAGCGACUCGAGAGGGGCAGUGGAGACGUUGAGAACGGAUCUAAAGGUGACUCUCAGGACGGAUCCAAGGAGGAGCCCGAGGAGAGACCUGAAGAUGGCUCUCAGCAUGAAUCUGAGGAAGAAUUCACCCAAAUUCAAUCGCCAGCAAGCACAGACAACGACAGCUCCCACUCAGCGGUGGCCGAUUCGCAGGCAGGCUUUGAAAACCCACGCCAAAGCAGUUAG